AGCCCACCCGGCUGUCGCUCUCAUCCCCACCCCGUCGGUUCCGGAGCGCGUUUGUGGCAGCCCCGCAGUGGGUGUGGAAGGGGGAGGAUCGGCAGACCCACGGACACAGACCCGAGCCAAGAAGAAGCUAGCCAGGCACCAUGCGCGAGAUCGUGCACAUCCAGGCCGGCCAGUGCGGCAACCAGAUCGGAGCCAAGUUUUGGGAGGUCAUCAGUGACGAGCAUGGCAUCGACCCCACUGGCAGUUACCAUGGAGACAGUGACUUGCAGCUGGAGAGAAUCAAUGUGUACUACAAUGAAGCUACUGGUAACAAAUACGUACCCAGGGCCAUCCUGGUGGACCUGGAGCCUGGUACCAUGGACUCAGUGAGGUCAGGACCAUUCGGCCAGAUCUUCAGGCCAGACAACUUCGUCUUUGGCCAGAGUGGUGCCGGAAACAACUGGGCCAAGGGCCACUACACAGAGGGCGCCGAGCUGGUGGACUCUGUCCUGGACGUGGUGAGGAAGGAGUCAGAAAGCUGUGACUGUCUGCAGGGCUUCCAGCUCACCCACUCGCUGGGGGGUGGCACUGGCUCUGGCAUGGGCACCCUGCUCAUCAGCAAGAUCCGGGAAGAGUACCCCGACCGCAUCAUGAACACCUUCAGUGUCAUGCCCUCGCCCAAGGUCUCUGACACUGUGGUCGAGCCCUACAACGCCACCCUCUCCGUGCACCAGCUGGUGGAGAACACCGACGAGACCUACUGCAUCGACAACGAGGCCCUGUAUGACAUCUGCUUCCGCACGCUCAAGCUGACCACCCCCACCUACGGGGACCUCAACCACCUGGUGUCGGCCACCAUGAGCGGGGUGACCACCUGCCUGCGCUUCCCGGGCCAGCUGAACGCAGACCUGCGCAAGCUGGCCGUGAACAUGGUGCCCUUCCCGCGCCUGCACUUCUUCAUGCCCGGUUUCGCGCCGCUGACCAGCCGGGGCAGCCAGCAGUACCGGGCGCUGACCGUGCCCGAGCUCACGCAGCAGAUGUUCGACUCCAAGAACAUGAUGGCCGCGUGCGACCCGCGCCACGGCCGCUACCUGACGGUGGCCGCCAUCUUCCGGGGCCGCAUGUCCAUGAAGGAGGUGGACGAGCAGAUGCUCAACGUGCAGAACAAGAACAGCAGCUACUUCGUGGAGUGGAUCCCCAACAACGUGAAGACGGCCGUGUGCGACAUCCCGCCCCGGGGCCUCAAGAUGUCGGCCACCUUCAUCGGCAACAGCACGGCCAUCCAGGAGCUGUUCAAGCGCAUCUCGGAGCAGUUCACGGCCAUGUUCCGGCGCAAGGCCUUCCUGCACUGGUACACGGGCGAGGGCAUGGACGAGAUGGAGUUCACCGAGGCCGAGAGCAACAUGAACGACCUGGUGUCCGAGUACCAGCAGUACCAGGACGCCACGGCCGACGAGCAGGGCGAGUUCGAGGAGGAGGAGGGCGAGGACGAGGCCUGAGCGCCCUAGGCCAGCAGGUUAGGGCCAGCGGAAGCAAGGCGCGGGGGUGGGGGGCUAAGCUUGGCGGUGGAAGCAGGGAAGCAGCAUGGGCUACCGUGGGUGUGCGCACUGGGCUCUGGCGCUCUUCAUGUUACCUGUCACGUUUGUUUCUCUUGUUUUGAUCUUGAUGGCAUCCAUGUAACUAACACUCGGGAGCUUCCUGAAGUCUGGUUGUAAUGGCGAAAAUCACAUAAACAUUUGUGUCUUA